AUGGUGGCCCCCGACCGCGUGCGCAACUUCUCCAUCAUCGCGCACAUCGACCACGGCAAGUCCACGCUGGCGGACCAGCUGCUGAUCAAGACAGACACGGUGGAGAACCGAGACAUGCAGGCAUGCCUCCUUGCAUGCCCCUCCUGCGCACUCCCAUGGAUGACCACACAGAGCCACGCCUUGCAACUGCCCGCAGUGUCGCGCUCGCUGGCUGCCUGCGAGGGCUGCCUGCUGGUGGUGGAUGCCAGCCAGGGCGUGGAGGCGCAGACGCUUGCCAACGUGUAUCUGGCACUGGAGAAUGAUCUGGAGAUCAUCCCGGUGCUCAACAAGAUCGACCUGCCGGGCGCCGACCCGGAGCGCGUGAAGCGGGAGAUUGAGGAAGUGAUUGGGCUGGACUGCAGCCACGCCAUCAUGGCCUCCGCCAAGCAGGGGCUUGGCAUCGAGGAGAUUCUGGAGGAGGUGGUGCGGCGCGUGCCGCCGCCUGCCGACAACCGCGGCAAGCCGCUGCGCGCCCUCAUCUUCGACUCCUACUACGACUCGUACAAGGGCGUGGUGGUGCAGUUUCGUGUCAUGGACGGCGAGCUGCGGCGGGGCGACCUGGUCAAGUUCAUGAACACGGGGUGCGAGUACGACAUCACAGAGCUGGGGGUGCUCAGCCCCAAGGCCGUCGAGGUGGACUCCCUGUACGCGGGUGAGGUGGGAUACCUGGCCGCCUCCAUCAAGCAGGUGGCCGACGCGCGCGUGGGCGACACGGUGACGCUCAAGAAGCAGCCCGCGGCGGAGGCGCUGGGCGGGUACACCGAGGCGCAGCCCAUGGUCUUCUGCGGCCUCUUCCCGACCGAUGCGGACCAGUACCCUGAGCUGCGAGAGGCGCUGCUGAAGCUGCAGCUCAACGACGCGGCGCUCAAGUUUGAGCCUGAGGUGUCGUCGGCCAUGGGCUUUGGCUUCCGCUGCGGCUUCCUGGGCCUGCUGCACAUGGAGAUUGUGCAGGAGCGUCUGGAGCGGGAGUACGACCUGGACCUGAUCACCACCGCCCCCACCGUCGUCUUCAAGGCCGUCACCACCGACGGCACCGAGCACAUCGUGGACUGCCCCUCCAAGCUGCCCCCAGGAAACCGCCUGGACUCCAUCUCGGAGCCGUACGUGCGCCUGGAGGUGAUCACGCCCAAGGAGUAUGUGGGGAGCAUCAUGGAGCUGGCGCAGCAGCGGCGGGGCGAGUACGUGGACAUGCAGUAUCUGACUGAGACGCGCACCACGCUGGUGUACAACCUGCCCCUGGCUGAGGUGGUCACCGACUUCUUUGAUGCGCUCAAGUCGCGCAGCCGGGGGUACGCCUCCAUGGAGUAUGCGCUGACGGGGUACCGCGAGAACGACCUGGUACUGCUGGACAUCAAGAUCAACGGCGAGAUGGUGGAGCCGCUGGCCGCCAUUGUGCACAGGGACAAUGCUUACUACGUGGGCAAGGCGCUGGUGAAGCGGCUCAAGGAGCUGAUCCCGCGGCAGCAGUUCAAGGUGCCCAUCCAGGCGGCCAUCGGCGCUCGGGUGGUGGCCUCAGAGGCAAUCCCCGCGCUGCGCAAGGACGUGCUGGCCAAGUGCUACGGCGGGGACAUCAGCCGCAAGAAGAAGCUGCUGAAGAAGCAGGCGGCGGGCAAGAAGCGGAUGAAGUCUCUGGGGAAGGUGGACGUGCCGCAGGAGGCCUUCAUGGCGGUGCUGCAAAUCAACCGCGACACGGCGAGCAUGGACGAGUGA